AUGGACGGCGGCCAGUUGGCUCCGACAACAGGGGCGACAGCAAGGGUGUCAGGAGUGCCGACCGCACAAGGCGACCUACAGAAGGGGCCUGAGGACACCGAGCAUGGCGCCAGGGGGGGAGAGGAGGAGGGGAAAGCCGAUGAGUCCUCCAUGGCUACCGCUCCUGAACCAUCGGCAGCAGCAGCAGGAGCAUCGAAGCAGGUUGCGCCGAUGCGCAACCUCUACACCGCGGCGCUGUCGUACAACGGAUACACCGUCACUGACGGCGCCUUGAGGCUCAUCGUGUUACUGCACGCGGCCGACCUCGGGUUCAACGCCAUCGAGAUUGCCUUCAUGUUCAGUGCCUACGAGGUGGCUGGGGUAUUCACCAACCUCUUCGGGGGCGUGGCUGGCAGCAAGUACGGUCUACGCUUCACGCUCUUGACAUCUCUCGUGCUUCAGAUUAUUUGCCUCUCGGCGCUCACGCAAACGGAGCCGGUACUGGGGGACUUGAGGGAGGCAACGCCGGGGAGCAGGAGGUACCUCGAGGCUACCAUCUACAUCACCGCCUGGCAGGCGUUGGCCGGCGUUGCCAAGGACUUCAUGAAACUCACCGGCAAGGCGACGCCGAAGCUCGUUACAAAGGAAGGCGCGGAGGGGAGAUUGUUCCAGGUUGUUGCUUGGCUGACCGGCAUGAAGAACGCGCUGAAGGGGUUUGGGAGCUUCUUGGGCGCGCUCUUGGUGGCCCAGAUCGGCUACGUGAACAGCCUGUGGAUCCUGGUCGGCAUCUGCGCCUUCUUCGUACCGGUUGGAAUUUUCGGCAUGGACAGGGCGGAGCUCGGGUGGAAGCGCGAGUUGGUCGGGCUGAUAAUGGCAGGGUACAUCGUUUUCUACGGUAACCUUCAGGCCGCGUCGACCAAGCUGUACAAGAACGUCGACGGCACCGGCGGGCAACCCAGUGGGGCUGCCGCGUACAAGUGGGCGGCCUACUGCUCUCUCGCUCCGCUCAUCACCGGGAUAGCGUCUUAUUUCACGCACAAGGUGGCGGACAGCCAGCUGGCGACUGGCUGCGUCCUCGUCCUCGGGAUGUUGGUUUUCGCAGGCCUGUUCGCCGUCAACUCGUCUGUGCACUCCUACCUGAUCGUCAGUUACUCCAAUAAGGACAAGGUCGCCAUGGACCUCGGGUUCUACUACAUGGCGAACGCCAUGGGCAGGCUCAUCGGUGUCCUCGUGGGCGGCUUCCUCUACCACUACACGUCGGAUGACUUCGGGCUGUCCAUGUGCCUGGUGGUGGCCUGCCCUUUCCUCGUGGCCGCUUCGGCGAUCGCCUACCGCCUCCCCGGCCCGGCCACGCCUCCGUCUCCAACAACCCCGGACAUCGAGCUCAAAGCAGCAGGAGCAUGA